GUGGUGUUCAGGAAGUCAAGAGAGGGGGAAGUUUAGUGGUUUUCUUGCGUCACUUGCGCUUUGUGUUUGCAGAUGCAGACUGAAGACCUGAGUAGAUCAAAACCACAAUGUCCCCGCAGUGAGGACGACGCCUCAAUUUCCUUGAGAGUCCAGUCGCAUCUAGCCCAAAACAGGGCUGGGCUGGCGUUGGAAUUACAACAGUUGCCAAGCCAUGAGGAGAGUCCGGAGAAAAGGGGCCAGCAAAGACAAGGUGUUUGGUUGUGAUCUUCUGCAGCACCUGAACGCCACCGGCCAGGAAGUCCCUCAGGUGUUGCGGUGCUGCAGCCAGUUUGUGGAGGAACAUGGCGUGGUGGAUGGAAUCUACAGGUUGUCUGGUGUUUCAUCCAACAUCCAGAAGCUCAGGAGUGAGUUUGAGGGCGACAGGAGCCCGGACCUCAGCAAGGAAGUGUACCUGCAAGACAUCCACUGCGUCAGCUCCCUGUGCAAAGCAUACUUCCGGGAGCUGCCCAACCCGCUGCUCACGUACCAACUUUACGACAAGUUUGCCGAGGCUGUGGCCGUCCAGCUGGAGGAGGAGCGGCUGGUGAAAAUCCGAGAUGUCCUGAAGGAACUUCCGCCGCCCCAUUACAGAACUCUGGAGUUUCUGAUGUGCCACCUUGUCAAAAUGGCGUCAUACUCACCAGAGACCAACAUGCACGCCAGGAACUUGGCCAUUGUCUGGGCGCCCAACCUGCUCCGGUCAAAGGACAUUGAGGUGUCCGGUUUCAGUGGCACCGCCGCCUUCAUGGAGGUCAGGGUCCAGUCCAUUGUCGUGGAGUUCAUCCUCACACACGUCCCUGAGCUGUUUCCCGAGCCGAACGUCACGCACAGCAGGAGAAAGUCUCUUCCCUCCCCAACAGCAAUCUCCAGCCAGGAGGAAACCCUCUUCAAGCCUCCAGCAAACUUCGGACACAUCAGUCCAGGGGAUAGUCCAAUUCCAAUCCGACCUUACCAUGCUAUUAUAGAAGGCACCGAUAAGAGAAAGGGCUCCUUCAAAGGAAGGAAGUGGAUUUCCAUUUUCAAUAUCGGCAGUCGCUUCCACGACCCGAGAAGACGGCAUAAACACUCGGCCAAAGAGAAGGACGCAUCGGGGUUGCGUCCAGCUCGAAGCAUGGACUCUCUCAGUAUUACGUCAUAUUCAAAUGAAGAUUCUAUACGUCCUCUGCAGACGUCUCGCUCCACCAAAAUGUCCGGCUUGGAACCUGCAGCAUCACGUAGCCCGUUAGGCGGAAGUGAAUAUGCCGUGACCUACCGCAGGGGGACGGGACUUAUGAGCGGGGGGACUCAGGGCACCUACACGGCCCUUGACCCCGAAGGCCUAGGUGGCGCGGACAGCGACUCUGUCCAGUCCAGUUCGCCGGGAAUCUCCACCAAGGCAGGCCGCAGAGCGGCCAUGCACAUCACCGGACCCACCAUGGUCACGGUGCCGCUGCACAUCACUUCCAACUUAGCUUUGGGUCUUCUACAGGGAGGUGGGAGUGACAGGGUGGUCCACCGCGGUAAAGAUAAAGAUGGAAAUGAUCAGGAAGGAGACAACUAUGUGCAGAGGAAGGAUAGUGGAAGAAUGGAAAUGAAAGUUAAAGAACUGAAGGAAGCUAAAGCAGAGACGAAAGAGGUGGCACACGGGAAGGAAAUCAUUGUGGAUGAAGAUGCAAAUACAUUAGUUGACAAAGAAGAAGAGGCCAAGAACGAAGAAGCAAUUGGGGAAGACUGCAGAGCGGAGCCAGCGGUAAAAGAAAUCCGUGCCAAAAGUCUGAGUUACGACGUCAAUGAAGACGUUUGUCAACAGUAUGUCCAUGAAGAAAUGGAAGGAGUGCCAUCCGCCAAAUGCGAGGACAACAAUAUUUUUGACUCUUCCGGCGUCCUCAACUCAACCGAGGUGGAGCAAGAUGACCAUGAGCUGUCGGGAUACGUUCAAGAUAACUUUGAAUUCCUGGAUCACAUGGACUGCAGCGUCUCCUGUCAGAUUCCUCUCCACUUCCUGCCGGACUGUACCCACCAAGUGAAUGAAUUCUCCGUUGAACCUCCUGGACAUUCCGACGACGAGUUCGAACUGAUAGAGCAACCACCUCUUGACGCCACGGGGCCCGACGUCAGGCUAAGCGUGAGCUCCAAGUCAAAUGUUCAAAGCCAACUGAAGCCCCAGCGGCCGCGCAGCAUCGAUGCGAACGAGCGGCACGCAAAGUCCCUCAGCUUGCCUCAUAUGACCUCGCCCGUGCGUGAACCCGAGGAGUGUUGCAGCAACGACGACGAAGACGACACAGCAGAUGACGACACAGCAGAUGACGACACAGCCGACUACUACAGCAGUGAUGAAGACAGCAGCUUGUUUGUUAGGAGCCUCCCUGCGGACUUCUUUCUAAGCAAUGUGUGUGAUGUUCUACCGGAGGACUUGCCAGCCUGUACUGCAGAUAGCGCUCCGGCGGAACAGUCACGUCAACCAAAGGAAUGCAAUUCUGAAAUGUCUGCCGAUAAACAACAAAAUGAUGGAAAUCAGAGCAAGGAUGACAAGGACAGAGUCAAAGAAACGAUACCACAAAUUGAAAAGCGAAUUGACCACCGAGAGGAGCACAACGGUCCAAGAAAUGAAGAUCUACGAAUCAAGGAAACUGGUCCAGAACCUCUCCCCAUAGAAGUGCAUUCAUACCAUUGUGUGGAUUUGCAAGAGCACACGGAUGAAUCAAGUGUUAAGGCUAUUGACGAUGUAAAUGUUGACAAGAUAAGACAGGAAGACGAUGAAGAAGAAGAAGUCCAUCACUUCUCUACAUCUGAGUAUACUAAGAAAGAAAUUUCCCCGGUAGAGAGGUACCGAGAUGUUUCUGGGGAAGCUACAGAGGAGUUUAAGGAGGACCAGGAUGAUGGAGAUAAGAAUAACGAGACUGAGGAUGUGAAUCCUGAAACUAUCAUAAAUAUGCCGGAAAAUCCCUUAACAGAAGAUGGAGCGGUAUCAAGUUCUGGAAAGACACAGGAGGGUGACCUCGGGACGGACGAUGCCUUUGGAAAAUUCUGGGACGAGCUCGAGGAGGUCGUGUGUGAACUCAUUGAGGAUGAGGAAAGAAAGACAUGGGAUGUCCGUGAUAGCAGAGAGACCAACGAGAAGGAGACAACUGCACGAAAGAACCCCGAGGAUACGGACAUCAAUUUACCAGAGAGAUGUGGCCAAGAAGGAGCGGUUGUGGGAAAAUCGGUGCCUACAGAAAACAAAUCAAUGGUUGAGGAAGUGAACGUGACAACAAGUCUUGGAGAUGCACCACUGAAAGAGGUCAGUGUUGAUGUUCCGCAGUCUGGAGAAGAGGUGUGCUCUGAGGAGCGAAGAUCAGAGAGGUGUGAACAAGGACAAGAGGUUACGGAAUUGUUGGUACCCAAUGAAGUCAAACCCGACCUUGAGAAAGUGACGGUGACAAGUCUCCGAGAUGUGCCCAUAAAAGAGGUCAGUUAUGAUGUUCUGCAGUCUCGAGAAAGUUUGGGGAAUGAGGUCCAAGGACCAGAGAGGUGUGAAGAUGGAGGUACAGAUUUGGAAAUGUUGGUGCCCAAAGACGACCAACCCAUUUGUGAGGAAAUGAUAAUGACACCUCGUCUUAGAGAGUCACCCCUGAAAGAAGUCAGUGUUGAUGUUCCGGAGUCUGGAGAAGAGGUGAGCUCUGAGGAGCGAAGAUCAGAGAGGUGUGAACAAGGACAAGAGGUUACGGAAUUGUUGGUACCCAAUGAAGUCCAACCCAAUCUUGAGAAAGUGACAGUGACAGCAAGUCUUGGAGAUGAACCCCAGGAAAAGAUCACAUCUGAAGUUCUGGACACUGGACAGAGUGGGAGGUUUGAGAAGCAAAGACCAGAGAGAUGGGAACAAGAGGGAAUGGUUCCCAAAAAGUUGGUGCCACAAAAAGACAAACCCAUUUGUGAGGAAGUGACAAUGACACCAAGUCUUCGAGAUGUGCCCAUGAAAGAGGUCAGUUCUGAUGUUUUGCAGUCUCGAGAAAGGGUUAGGUUUGAGGUGCAAGUACCAGAGAGGUGUGAAGAUGAAGGUGCAGAUUUGGAAAAGUUGGUGCCCAAAGACGACAAACCCAUUUGUGAGGAAAUUAUAAUGACACCUCGUCUUAGAGAGCCACCCCUGAAAGAAGUCAGCUCUGACUUUCCUGACUCAAGAGAAGGUGUGAGCUUUGAGGAGCGAGAACUGGAAAGAAGUCAACACCAGGGGCCAGUUAUGGAAAAGUUGCUGCCCACAGAAGAUGAACCCAUUUGUGAGGAAGUGUCAAUAACACCAAGUCUUCGAGAUACACCUGUUCAAGAGGUCAUCUCUGAUAUUCCUGAGUCCAAAGAAAGUGUGAGGUUUGAGGACCGAGGAAUAGGAAGGAAGUUGGUUAUCUCAAAACUGCCAAAAGUUUACCAAGUGAAAGCGGUGCCAGUGGUGCUGCCCAAGCGACAACACUGCAAGCUAGCUGCCCGGAGCCUGCGACAGCAGCAGCAGCAGCAGCAGCAACAGCAAGAGAGGAAAGAUGCCUAUGCACCGGAUGAUGUCGGUGCCAAUUGCAGCAGGGACAUGUCCCGGAACAGCCCUCUCAGUAUGUGCUUCGACGAGGCUGUUGCCAUAGCCACCAUGAGGCGGGAAAAGGAGCGCGAGUGUGAGCGGGAAAGGCAACGGGAUUGGGUGGGUGAAGUACAGUGAUGGUCCAAAGGUUUGCGGUUCACAAAAACUUUGUGAUACUGGACUUCCGGGUGAAAUUUUUUUA